AAUGACUGGCUUAUUAAAACGUUCGGCUACUAUCAAUGAGGCGACACGUACCCGCCGUCACAAAUUUGCGCUGAAAUAUGAUUUGAACAAUAAUACUGAGCAAAAAGAGCUCGAGGCUCAAGAAUGCCCAUCGGGUGCCGGAAUGAGCGAGACUUUUGUCUGGGAUUGGCCGUUUUCUAGUGAUGGAACCGCCCCGGGAGCCUACACCCCUGAAAAGUUCCUUGUCUGUCUCCCAUUCAACAAAGGAGGAACUGGAGAGAAAAAUGGAACUACAAAAAAGUUCGAGAGAAUUGCCGAGUCGGAUUUUUCCUGGAGCAUGGGUUUGUCACGUGACGCCGAGCUGGGCUCCACGUGUUUUUGGAGACUCGAGAUCGAAAUUAUCCGGAAUAUGAAUGCUGUCGUGCUGAUUGCUUCGAGAGAUAUCAGCCGAUACAACGAGAAUACAAAGCGUCUGAAGCGUGUCAGAAAAAUGUAUCGCCUGCCGGACUACUAUGACGUCACUACAGUGACCACAACAAUGUACGACUGGGCAGUUAUUGUGGAGGCGCAGAAAAAAUCAAUCAAUAGACCAACAAUGCGACGAGCCUCCACUUUUAUCUAAUUUUUGGAAAUUGAAAAUUUUCCAAAAAAAAAAAAAUGUUUUUAAUUUUUUUUUUGGAAAAAAUUUUCCCCUCAUAUUUUUUUUGCGAAUUGUACUCCUCAUGUAGUACGGACCCGAAAUCUUUCAAAAAAUUUUGUAAAUUUUCAUGUAUUUAUUGUGCUAUUCACAUCACAACCGUUACCGAAUGAAAAAGUUUGAAA